UGUCACAACAAACCGAUCGACGUGUUUUUUCGUUCGUCGUUUUGUUCGCCGGUUUGGUCACUUUUGCGGUCGGUUUUGGAAAUCCCAUGCGGAUGCAAAAAUUGUUCAGAUUUCUUCGGAUAUAACGGAGGUGAAGAAGUUUGUUGUCUUUAUUCAAUCGUGAUUGGAGAUUUCUCAUAGUCGGUCUGUUAUAACUACUGAGGAUCAUGGCGGCCGAACGAAAGGGAACUUUUAAGGUGGAAUACCUGCAAAAGAUCGAACGGGAUAUGCAGGCUCGAUGGGAGGAACAGAAAAUUCACGAGAGCGAUGCAUCUACCAGUCCGAAAAAGUCGGAGGACGAGAAGUUUAUGGUGACGUUUCCGUUUCCGUACAUGAAUGGUAGACUGCAUCUGGGACAUACGUUUUCCCUGUCGAAGGCCGAGUUUGGGGUGCGCUAUCAGCGCCUGAAGGGUAAAAGAGUUUUGUUUCCUUUCGGGUUCCACUGUACCGGAAUGCCGAUUAAGGCAUGUGCGGAUAAGUUGAAACGGGAGAUGGAAACGUUCGGAUGCCCUCCGGUCUUUCCGGUUAUUGAGGAAGAAGUUGUGGUGGAAGAGAAAGACGUGAUCCCGAAGGAUAAAAGCAAGGGUAAGAAAAGUAAGGCCACGGCUAAGGCUGGCGGUGCCAAAUAUCAGUGGCAGAUUAUGCAAAGUCUGGGACUGCAGGAUGAGGAUAUCAAAAAGUUUGCUGAUACUGAUCAUUGGUUGGAAUACUUUCCGCCGUUGGCAAUCCAAGAUCUCAAGUCGAUCGGGUGUCACAUUGAUUGGAGGCGAACUUUCAUAACGACCGAUGCCAACCCGUACUUCGAUUCUUUCGUCCGUUGGCAGUUUAACCAUCUGAAGACACGGGGCAAGAUUAUGUAUGGAAAGCGGCACACGAUUUUCUCGCCCAAAGACGGGCAACCGUGUAUGGAUCACGAUCGUUCCUCUGGCGAAGGUGUGGGACCACAGGAGUAUACGCUCAUUAAGAUGAAGGUAACCGGAAAGCUUCCAGCAAAAUUGGCUUCGGUAAAGGCUCCGGUUUAUUUGGUCUGCGGUACCCUGCGUCCGGAAACUAUGUACGGCCAAACUAAUUGCUGGGUUCAUCCGGACAUUAAGUAUAUCGCUUUCGAAACCACUCGAAACGGAGAGGUGUGGAUUGCUACUAGACGAGCCGCUCGAAAUAUGGCUUAUCAGGGCUUCACGGCCACCGAAGGGGUGGUUAAAGAAGUGGCCGAACUCACUGGUCAGGAAAUUAUGGGAUUGGCGCUGUCAGCUCCCUUGACUCCGAAUAAGGUUAUCUACACCCUUCCGAUGCUUUCGAUCAAGGAAGACAAAGGUACCGGUGUGGUCACCUCGGUUCCAUCUGAUUCACCGGACGAUUACGCGGCCUUGGUGGACUUGCAAAAGAAGCAACCGUUCCGUGAAAAGUACGGAAUAACCGAUGAGAUGGUGCUGCCAUUUAAACCUAUUCCGAUUAUCGAAGUUCCAGGUUUGGGAAAUUUGAGCGCUGUUACUGCAUAUGAUCAGUUUAAGAUUCAGAGUCAGAACGAUCGUGAUAAGUUGAUCGAAGCAAAGGAGCUGGUGUAUUUGAAGGGAUUCUAUGAUGGCAUUUUGCUAGUAGGGGAACACGCUGGCAAGAAAGUUCAAGAUGUCAAGAAGGAUCUGAAGAAGUAUCUAGUAGAUCGUAACGAGGCAGAUGUUUACUUCGAGCCAGAGAAGACGAUCAUGUCCCGUUCGGGAGACGUCUGCGUUGUGGCCCUUUGUAAUCAGUGGUAUUUGAACUAUGGUGAACCUACCUGGCAAAAGACCACAACCGACCAUCUGAGAACGAUGGAGCUGUAUCACGAAGAGGUGGCCCGAAAUUUCGAGAACUGUCUGGACUGGCUCCACGAGUAUGCUUGCUCUCGAACCUACGGUCUGGGAACGAAACUGCCUUGGGAUGAGCAGUGGCUGAUUGAGUCGCUUUCGGAUUCCACUAUCUAUAAUGCGUUCUAUACGGUGGUACAUUUGCUGCAAGGUGGAUCGUUCCGUGGGGAAAAACCGAGC